AGACUUUACUGGUACGAAUUACAUGAUUGACGUAUUAAAAAUAAAGAAAAGGUUUAAGUGACUAUGGAGAAAAAUACCGUUUUUUUUUCAGUAAUGCCAUGUUGAUUAAUGUUUUGUAAUGUUGGAUAUAUUUAGCAGGUAUAUUAUUAACUUAUAACGUGGUGCCAAGUAUUAGUGUGAAAAAUAAUUAUAAGACUUGUGAAAUGUGAGGUUAUUUCGCCGUCCAGCCUAUAGUUUGUUGACAUUUGACGCUUUGACCACGUCGUAGGAUUAGUCUAUAUACAAUAUUGCGAAAUUACUUUGACAGUGUAAUAAGAUGAAGUGUUAUUACGAAGUUCUAGGUGUUCCGAAAGAUGUAAAUGACCAUGAACUUAAAAAGGCGUACAGGAAACAAGCUUUAAAGUGGCAUCCAGAUAAAAAUCCUAAUAGUGCAACAGAGGCCAAGGAGCAGUUCCAACUUGUGCAACAAGCAUAUGAGGUAUUGAGUGACCCCCAUGAACGGUCAUGGUAUGAUUCUCACAGGGAAUCCAUUCUCAGAGGAGCUGGAAGCGAUUAUAAGGAUGAUAGUCUUGAUGUAUUUCGUUACUUCACACCUACAUGUUUCAAAGGUUAUGGUGAUGAUGAAAAUGGCUUUUAUGCAGUGUAUAGGGAGGUGUUCAAUAAACUGGCAGCUGAAGAUUCAGAAUAUAUGACAGAUGAGGAUAGUGAUUUUGAAGUACCAAGCUUUGGAGACUCAAUGAGUUCCUAUGAAGAUGUAGUACAUCCAUUCUAUGCAUACUGGCAGAGUUAUUCUACAAAGAAAUCAUAUGCUUGGUUAGAUCCAUAUAAUAUCAGAGAUGCUCUAAACAGGCGUGUGGUGCGUGCAGCAGAGAAGGAAAACAAGAAAGUCCGUGAUAAAGCACGUAAACAACGAAAUGAGGAGGUUCGAAACUUGGUGGCAUUUGUUCGCAAGAGGGAUAAACGAGUCCAGUCUUUUGUAAAAUUGUUGGAAGAACAUGCAGCAGAAAACGUGAAGAAAGCAGAAGAACGAAGAAGGAAGCACAUAAAGGAAAGACAAGAAGCAAUGAAAAAUUAUAAAGAAUCAGAAUGGACCAAGUUUUCAAAUAUUGAAAAAGAACUUGAGGCAAUUGAAGCAAAUCUUGCAGCAGAGUUUGGCGACAGUGAUGUAUCUUUAUGUGGAGAAUCUGUAAAUGACAGGGAAGAAGUAAUGGACGAAAGUGUAAACUCAUUAUACUGCAUUGCAUGUAACAAAGUUUUCAGAACUGAGAGAGCAUUUUCAAAUCAUGAGAACUCUAAAAAACAUAAGAACAGUGUUGAAGUUUUGAAAGCAUCGGUAGUGGAAGAAGAUGAGCUGGCUGUGUCAGGAAGUAAACAGACGGUUGAAGAUCCAUCUUAUGAGUUUUCAGAAAUUACCUCUGUAAAUGAACUUUCAUCAGAUUCUGAUAUAAAUUCUGAAGAUGAAUCAGAAGAAUCAGAAUUUGUAGAAAGUCAGACAAAAAAGAAAACCAAAAAGAGGAUACCAAAUAUAUGUAGUGUUACUGAUGACAGUGCUUCAGAUAUUGAAUUUCAGAUGUCUUCGGGAUGGUCUAAGAAACAACGUAAAAAGCAGCAGCACAUGAUGCAGUCACAGCAGAAUACAUCAUCUGAUGCCAACCAUGAAAGUGAGACUGAGAAUAUUGAUGCGGACAAUAUUGCCAUGGAGGAGGGAGCUGAAGAUUUUGGUACUUCUGCACAUGAAAUUGAAAGAAAGAAAACUAAAGGCAUAAGAAAGGGAAUGAAAGUAAAAAUAUCAAAGGAAAGGGAAGUUAAUAAUAGGAAGGAAGUUGCCGAUAAAAUAAUGGUAGAAGGAAAAGGUGAUGAAGUUAAGAUAAAGAAUAAGAAAGCUAAGGGGGCGAAAAAGAGUAGCAAGAAAGAUGGAAGUGGUAGUACUGAUUAUGUCAGAGAUCUGAAUCAUUGCUGUGUUACAUGUAGCUCUGAAUUUCCAUCUAAGAAUAAAUUGUUUGAUCAUCUUAAGAAAACUGGCCAUUCAGUGUUCAUCCCUCGUUUGGCAGGUGCAACUAAGGAUAGAGUGGAAGAUAGAGUAAAAGGAAAGGCAAAGAAGAUUAAAUGAAGUAGAUGGUAUUAGUAUAAGCAGUUUCUCCAAAUUAAAUUAAAAUUCAGUGCCCCUUAUUGUUCUGUGUCACUUAUGUACAGAGCCACUGCCUUCAUAAUUUGAUAAUGGGACAAAUGAUAGCAGCUGCUGUUAGUAAUAAAUAGAGAGGCCCACAUUUUGAAUCAUAAGAGUUACAUUAAAUAUACAUUUUUUGCACAUUCUUAAGUUAAAAGUAACUGGACUCAAUUUCUCAUGUCAUUUCAGCGAAGGAAAUUGUAAUUUCUAGUUAUUUGGUAUUGUGACAUGGAUACUGAAAGUCAGAAUAGUUUAGUCAUAGAAGACACCCAUUACUAGGUAACAGCUCAGUAAACAUAUUUGUUGCUUCCAGAUUAUGUUAUUUAAAAUGAUAUUGUGAAUGAGAAAUAAAGUUUGAAGGUCAUAAUGUGAAAGAUUAAUGUAGUGAAUUUUCGAAAAUUAGUUCAGUCUGUGGCAAACAUUACAGUAUAUCACCAUUUCUUGUCCAUCCUUAAAAUUUAAGCAGCAAGUGGUUGAUGUGUAAUAUCGGUUUUUGAGUUUGACAGUGAGCCAGAUCCAAAGGGCCAAUCAUCUCUCCGUCCAGUGCUUUUGAUUUAAGUAUGCUGUAAUUAAAAUUUGGGUUUAAUUUAGAUUUAUAUGUUCCUCUGCUUAUUGUUACUGGUUUAGAAUGUUACAGGUCACUGUUGAAUCUCUAUGAGGAGGAAUUUUGAAGACAGUAAUAAAAAAAUGUAAUUGAAAUAUUUUCUUGCCUAUCAGAGUUUUUUUUUUUUUAACUAAGGUUCAUUACCUCAAAAGAUUGUUCACCUCCAUUGCUAAUACAGCUGCUAGUGGGCAAUCAGAUCUUUAAGGCCUCUGUAAACAAUGUUCACGUUGUACAAGCAGCACACAGGAUACAUCACUGACACAAGUCCUGUGUUGAAAAUUUAUACUAAAAGUGCCAAUAGACUGAGCAUUUCAGUCAAGUGGCUUGCACUUGUACUUCAUAUUUAGGAAUGAUGGGUUCAGAAUUUGAUGGGAUGUGCUCUUCUGUUUGAGGUUUAUCAGGGUUUUACAAAUGGUAUUUCUGUCCACAUCCUUACUUAUUCAUCAGUCACAAAUCAUCCUAUGUUAUCAGUAUAGUUGAAAAAAUGUCUUUUAUAGAUGAAGAAUUCUUUUUUUAUUGCUAGUGGGGUGGGACUAAGUCUCUUGUACUGUGGCCACUUCUGGCUUAUUGUACCAGCC